GUCCUGGCCGAACGACCCCUUGGGACUGUGCUGCUCGUCCCGUCAUCUGCAAGCCCUCAAGGAAACCCCCCCUUUGUGCACGCAGUGGCAUCUCGCGCGUGGGCAUGUCGGACUCGGACGAGCCACAGGCGGAGCAUGACCCCAAGUCCUCCGCCGACUUGCUAGGAGACUUUCUAAAGGACAAUGUGCUCAAGGCGAAGCUCACUCUCCAACACGAGCUGGGGCUCGGCAAGAGGCCAAGCGUCGUCCCGCCUGGCGAAGUAAGCAUCAGCCAAGAGCCCCGUACUGUCGAGCUGGGCUGGCAUCCGGUGGCGGGCUCCGCGGGCAAAUGGUUCGCGGAGCAGACCAGGCUGGGCAAGAUGAUCACCGAGGAAAUCCACAAGAGCCCUGACCCGACACAGCAUUGGGCCUGUAUCGUGGGCGGUUUUGUCCACGAGCUAUGGAUGGACGAGCACUUCGACAUCAUUUACAUAAAUGAGACUUUCAACCGCGAGGAGUGGCACACCUUCGAGGUCGGUAAGACAAGAUUUAGUGACCAGGCCCUUGCUGAGGCUGGUGAGAUGGCAAUUUUCAACAUGAGAGAGAAGCGACCAGCCUACAACCUCUUGGACAACAACUGCCAGAAUUUCGCCCUGAACUUCCUCGACAAGAUCCGAGUGGGAAAGCACCGCGACUUUGCCACGAGCUUUAGCGUUUAUCAGCGUGCCAUCGGUGCCGGCGCCAUCAAGGAUCUGUUUGUGGAUGAGCAUCCUGAUGAAGACCCCGAGACUGCAGACCAAGACGUGGUGCUAGGAGCGGAGCACCCCGAUGCUGUGCAAACUGCGAGGCAGGUCAUGGACGACAACACAACCAAGCUUGACAACCACCAUUCUUUCUUCCAGCUGAUUAAUUCAGGCACGUCUUGACCAUCACCUGGGCAGUCUUGUGUGCGGCGCUCAAUCAUGGAGGACCAUUUUACACCUUGGUACCUCCUAAGAGUUUGUGAAGGGUUUGUCCCACAUGAUGAAGGGGCCCCAGGGGGCUGCAUUGCAAAUAAUAGAAGAAUAAUUGUUUAUUAUUAGUCUUUUAACCUUUAUAGGUGUGUAUAAGUAGUAUUUAUAUACUAUACUUAAAUAA